GAGCUGUGAUAGGGCUGUGAGUGUCGAUCUGACUAAACUUCGACUUAUUAACCUAAAGCAAAAAGGAGGCGUUGUGCGCAGAAGCUCACAAUCACGUGUUUGGUUCUCGUUUGUUGAUUUAUUAUUUUUUUUUUACUGAGCGGGUUCAAGGGUGAGCAAAAUCUUCCGGAAAACUUUACUCCAUCAUCACCUGAUAGUUAAUCGAGGUGUAAGCCGCGUAAUUGAUGACAUUAGAUGCGUUAAUUGCAAUCCAACGACCAGCUUUAUACAAUUUACCCGUGGCGGAGAAGAGGAAGCUUAGGGCUUGUUUUGAGGGAUCAUACUGCAUCUUGGUGCACGGCCUCAGCUCCUCUAGAGAUGGAUGGGAACAAUCCCGCGUACUAUCACUACCUCCCAAAGGGACAGUUCCCGGUACCUAUCACCAAUGGUGAAGUUAGUAACUUUCCAUCCAGCUAUAGCCCCCAACCUCCAUCUUGUCUAUAUGAGACCAAACCAACUAUCCACAACGAGGAUGCCGCAGGGUAUGGUCACGCUACCGGUCUACAGGUACCCGAUGGUCGGGGAGAUGACGGGCUAGCUAUUCAGCAACAGUACGUCCAACUUCACGGCGCCACAAUGCCAAUGCAUUCUCAAACGAACCCUCAGGACUUAUCUAGGCCGCUGGCUCUGGCCCAGCAAGCCUGUAGCCAGUCGCAACAGUGCGACGGACUCCCUAUAAAUUCUCUUGCGUCUCAGCAGCCGAAUUAUGCUCGAAUGCAUGGGCUUUCGAUGGCGGGACACCAUGGCGCUGUAAACGGUGGCCAAGGGCAGUGCCACGGGCAACUAGCACACCAACCGCUUUACACAAUGGCUUCCGAGUAUCCUAUGUCCUCAGCUAAGAUGUCGAAGAAUGCUAAUGUUGGUCAGAAUCUUCAAUUUCCAUGGAUGAAAACAACAAAAUCUCAUGCUCAUAUGUGGAAGGCAAAUUGGCCAGGUGCUUCCUUUGCUGAUUUCGAUGAAAACAAACGAACAAGGACAGCCUACACCCGUGGACAACUUCUAGAACUGGAGAAAGAAUUCCACUUCAAUAAAUAUAUUUCUCGUCCCCGACGAAUCGAACUCGCCGCCAUGUUGAAUUUAACGGAACGUCACAUCAAGAUUUGGUUCCAGAACAGGAGAAUGAAGUGGAAGAAAGAGGAAGCAAAGAGGAAACCAUUGAAACAGGAUGCUGAUGGGAGUGAAGUUGGUAGUCAGAGUGACAUCAUGGCAAAUGAUGAGAAGAUUUUACCUGAUUCAAGGACUGAUCACGAGAAUAUGAACACGUUGGUAGGUGAACGCGGUAUGGAACGCGCAGCGCAGGUACAAACGCAACGCCAUCUGACGAACCACAACUCAACGUUAGAAAGACAGGACAAUUCACCGUCACAGCGAGGAUGCGCGUCGCCAAGUAGUGAAGACAGUUUAGAAUUAACGAAGAACAUAAACUCACUGUCAUCGAAUCUAAGACCAACACAGGUGAAGACACAAAUUAUUGAUGCUCAGGCCUUUUGAUCUAGUCUGUGACUGAGUUUUAUUUAUAGCAAUUUCAGGUACUAUAUCUAUAUCUUUACUGCAGUAUGAAAUGAAGGCACCUUUAUGAGUCCCUCAUCAUGAUGUCUGAAAUCUCAAGGUUGAUUAGAGAUAAAAGUACCACAUUCCUAUCUGAUUCGCGCACCAUAUUUUUGAAAAUUCUAAAUUGAAGUUAUCAAAAUGUUUGACAGGAAAUCAUCUUAUUGUCAUGUCUAGCAUUGUUUCGAAUGAUUAAAUGUUAAGUCAUAUUUAUGCCAAGUAUAUAGUAUCACGUAAUCAACAGUGCAAGACCAGCAUUCUUUGGAUUGUUUAAAUAUUACAAUAUCAAUAUUAAAAGAAAUAUAAUUCAGCGACUGAUAAUCACAUGAGGUUUGGAGAAGAUAGCGUAUGAAAACAGUCUUUCUUUUCUUUUUAAGAUUUGGGUAUACUCACAUUAUCGCAUCUUUAACACAGCAGUGUGUAGUUCAACAGGCGAAUACAAGUAAUGGUAUUUAAGAUUUUAAAGCCAGAGAAGAUUUAUCGUGUGGAUUCUUUUGCUUUCCAGAGUUUCAUAUCUGACACGAACAAAGCAUCGCUGUUACGAAAUUGCAACUAUUUGUGCUCAUAAGGAAUAAUCAAUUAAACCAAUUUACUUUCAUGUUAUUGGAAAUUGAUGAAAAGCUAAUGAGUACAUGACAAUUUUUUUUUCAUAGGUCCAUGGAGCUAUUACAGAGUAAAAAAUGAAGUGCUAAUUUAGCACUUACA